AUGGGCGAUUUCUCCGGUGUAACACCGUUGGAGGUUCCCCGCACCACUUCCGGUGCUGACGAUGGCGACUGAGGAGGAGAACAUCUUGUACGAUCUGCUGGUGCACUGCGAAUGGUUACAGGAAAGUGAGGCGCUGCCCAGAAACAAUCGAGAACGUGGAUCUGUUAUUGCAAAGACUAUUUCUGCUCCCUUCAAGUUUAUACUUCAAUAUGUUGGACACAGCUCUUCCAGGUCUUUGCUCUCUCCUAGUUUUUUCCAGCUGGUUGCAAAACAGAUCACCUGGCAGCUUGUUGUAACCAGCAAUGGAAAGUUGCUUGCUGUAGUUCAAGACCAAUGCAUCGAGAUCAGAUCUGCAAAAGAUGAAUUUGGCUCUGUCAUUGGAAAAUGUAUAGUUCCAAAGGAUCCUUACCCUCAGUGGCGUCGUGUGACAUGGAGUCACGAUUGUACAUUGCUGGCUUAUGCUGAGAGCUCAGGCACAGUGAGAGUGUUUGACUUGAUGGGCAGUGAACUCUUCGUAAUUUCACCGCCUACUAGCUUUGCAGGCGACCUCAGUCAUGCUGUGGCAGGGUUGAUCUUCCUGGAGUCCACUGAUUCUGCUCAGUACUCAGCAGAACUUCUGGUAGUCAACUACCGUGGUCAGCUGAAGAGCUAUUUGGUCAGUGUUGGAACCAAUCAACCUUUCCAAGAAAAACACAGCUUCAACUUUAACAACUAUAUUUCUCAUGGUGUAAUUACAGUGAUCUACCAUUCUGGUCACAGAUUAUUGCUAGUUGGUGGCUAUGAAACCAAUGAAGAAGGACUCUCAAAAGCCACCAGUUAUGGAAUAACUUCCUGGCGGGUUCUUUCUGGUGCACCUUACUAUAAACAAGUCACCAACUAUGAAGAGGAUGUUGGUGCUUCACAAAGAAGCUUAUUACGGAUGCUUAGUGUUCGAGCCUUCUGGCGACGGCAACCAGAACAGGAUGGUGUUUUCAAAAUGAGAUUAUCGCCUGAUGGAACACUCCUGGCAGCCAUCCAUCUCUCUGGGCAACUCACUUUAUGGGAAAUUCCUUCUUUAAGGCAACAGAAAGAAUGGAAACAGGAAAUGCAGGAUGGAUUUGAUGCCAUUAAUCCUGAGUGGUCAAAAUCAGUGGAAAAGAGGAAAAAGAUGAAGGACAGAUCAUCAUUUUAUCCCCUCAAUGAUGUAAACUGGUGGGCCAAUAAUUCUGUUAUUCUGGCCCGCUGUUCUGGCGCUCUUACUGUUUCCUCUGUGAAAACAUUGAAAAACCUGCUUGGACAGUCUUGUGAAUGGUUUGAAUCUUCACCUCAAGUUACUGCAGCCCAUGACGGAAGCUUUAUGAGCUUAGAGUGUGAAGUAAAGCUGGCUCACAAGAGAUAUCGUUUGGAAAAUAAUUCAGUAGAUGAUGAGGGUGAUGAAGAUUCUGACUCCGAUGAUGAGUGCUCUGCCAAAGCUCGAUACUUUGGCUAUGUAAAACAGGGCCUGUAUUACCUCACAGAAAUGGAGCGAUUUGCGCCACCUCGAAAACGACCACGAACAAUCACAAAAACCUAUAGGCUUGUAAGUUUGAAGUCCACAACUCCAGAGGAGCUUUAUCAAAGAAAGAUUGACAAUGAAGAAUAUGGUGAAGCAUUGAGUCUUGCACAAGCCUAUGACCUUGACAGUGAUCUAGUAUAUCAAAGACAAUGGAGAAAAUCACCUGUUAAUAUCGCUUCUAUUCAGGAUUACUUGAGUAAAAUUAAGAAACGCUCCUGGGUCCUACAUGAAUGUGUGGAAAGAGUACCUGAAAAUGUUGAUGCAGCCAGGGAGUUGCUUCAAUAUGGACUGAAAGGCACUGACUUGGAGGCACUUAUUGCUAUAGGAAAAGGAGAAGAUAGAGGCAGAUUCAUCUUGCCUGGGAAUCUGGACUUCGAUGAACUUCCCUAUGAGGAUUUCAUGUCACCAAUUGAGGAAGUGCAGAGAAGAAAAGAACGGGAGGCUACAAAGAGGCAGGAGCUGCUCCAGCUUGUGGACUUUUCCAUGUUGACACUUGAACAGAAAGAACUUUGUCGUUGUAGAUUGAAGCUAUUAACCUACUUAAAUCGUCUAGCAACUUAUGAGGAAAUCCUUGGAGGGCUUCAUGCUGCAGAGCAAAGAUAUGACUCAGAAUUCUUCAAAAAAUUUAGGAGUCAGAACAUUGUAUUAUCAGCAAGAACAUAUGCAAGGGAGAGCAAUGUCCGUGCUUUGGAGAUUCUUUUCACCUACCAUGGUUCCGAUCUAUUGCCUCAUCGGCUGGCUAUUCUUUCAAACUUUCCUGAGACAACAACUCCUCAUGAGUAUUCUUUUCUUCUACCAGAAGCAAGGAAGGAUGUGGAGGUUAUGGAAAGUGUACAGAAAACGUGUAUCAGGAUCUUCCCUGUAUUAGAGUGCAUGUGUUGUAAGGAAAGAUUUGUUGAUGACUGUAACGACUUGGUGGCAUUGCCAUGGAAUGAACAAAGACAUCAAGAUCUAGACUGGUGUGAGGAACCAAACAUAAGAAUGAUAAUAGAUUGUAGUCCACAAGAUGUGGCUGAGUUUCUUUAUGAAGAGCAGCCUGAACUGUUGAAAUAUAGAACUACUGUUCCCUUUAUUGAUACACUCACUCAAUGGUAUCUGAAACGUGCAGAGGAGAUUGAGAGUUAUUCUAGGCAGGUGGAUUGUGCCCUAUCUCUGAUACGACUUGGCAAGGAAAGGAAUAUCCCAGGUUUAGAGGUUCUCUGUGAUGAUCUGAUUACUCUGGAAACACUUGUGUAUGAAGCAGGGGCUGAUCCAACUCUUUCUUUGAAGGACAUGCAGCAGAUGAACGACAUUGAUAAACUGAGGCAACUGUUGAUAAAUUCAUCUGAAGAAAUGUAUAUAAAAAACGUGUACCAGUGGGUGGUUCCCUUCCUGCACCGUUGUGAAAGUAAAAAGGCGGGAUUUGCAGACAAAUUGCUGAAAGAAUAUUUAGUAACAGAGGCAAAAGAGGACUUAAAGUACCCUUUGAAGAUAUUUCAGCAAUCAAAACCUGAUUGUCAGCAGAAAAUUAUUCCUGAUCAACAACAGUUGAUGGCAGUAGCCCUAGAAUGUCUCUAUAAAUGUGAGCGAAAUGAUCAGCUAGCUCUUUGUUAUGAUGUACUUGAGUGUUUACCACAGAGGGGUUUUGGUCAAGAAACAGAAGUGACUAAUGUUUUGCAUGAUCAGAUUGACUUGUUGGAACAACAUCUAAGUGUGGCAGAAAUUUUGGAAAAGCAUGGUCUGCAGAAACCAAUCUCAUUUGUAAAAAAUACCCAGUCAAGUCCAAAGGAAGCACGCUUGCUUAUGGUGCGGCUAACAAGAUAUGUUGGGCGCAAGAACCCACCUGUAAGUGAGACUGAAUGGAGAGGCUUGCUGCACGACCUGUUGGAAAUGCAAAUGACAGUCUACAAAUGCCUGGACUUGGAUGUCUGUUAUGAGAUAUUUACCGAGAGCCUAUUGUGUUCCAGUCGUUUGGAGAAUAUCCGCUUAGCUGGACAAAUGAUGCAUUGCAGCAGUGUAUCUGUUGACCCACCCGUUAAUGCUCCUUACAGAAGCAAGAUACAGUCCAAGGUUAACUAUGAGAAAAGCCUCAAAUUGGUUCUUGCUGCUGCCAGAGAGUACUUUGACUCAUCGGCCACUUUGACUGACAGUUGCAUGGAUUUAGCCAGAUGCUGCUUACAGCUUAUCACUGACUGCCCUGCAGUUAUUCAAGAAGAGUUGGACUUCAUCAGUGCUCUCAGUCUGCUGGAGGAAUUCAGUGUGAAGAUUUUGCCGAUGCAAGUGCGUUUGUGCUCAGAAAGACUCAAACUCAUAAAAGAGUGUAUUUCUCAGUGUCCAACAGCCUACAAGCAGUCAAAAAAGCUCCUGAGGCUUGCAGAUUUGUUGAGAGUAGGAGGGCAUGAUAAAGCAGAGCGGAAAGGGCAAGUAUUGGUUCUUCUGGCUGAGCAGGCCCUUGAUUACCAAGACUUUAAAGUUGCCAGUAUCCACUGCCAAGAACUUAUGUCUGCAGGGUACAGUGCUGGUUGGCAGGUUUGCAGCAAACUGGGGGAGUCAGAUGGCUAUUGUGACCUUGCCGUGCGUCAGGAAUUAAUGGCCUUUGCACGCACUUACUGUCCUCCCAAUGUUAUCCAGUCGCUCUUGGCUGUCAGCAGCUCACUUCAGACACAGAUUUUGUAUCAAGCUGUGAACUAUCAGAUUCAACCAUCAGAUAGCACUGAGUCUGUGAAUUUGACAGGCCAUGAUCAGCAGAUAGAGACAAAAGCUUCAACUAGUUCAUCGACUGAUCUCUUGCAACGAACAACUGCUAAAACAAUGGAAGUUCUCAGCAAUACUUCCAUGACAACAAAGGCAGUUCUGCAUGCUGUCAGUGAUACACAGUGGUGGAAGAAAUCCCUCAGUUACCUGCGACCUUUACACGAUGCGUCACAGACAGCUAUGUUGCAGAGGACAACUGGUUUAAAUGGAGACUUGGAAAAACAAGGUUGUCAUCCUUUCUAUGAUAUCCUUAUUGAUGAUUCCUUCAUUGACAAAAAUGAGGUAAACUAUGCGUGUUACCAGCACAAUGCUCCAGAGAACUUUGCCGAAGUUUUACUGAGAGCUGGGAAAUUGUCUGAAACCAAGAGUGAAGGGGAAAAUCUUUUUCCUGCCACUGAAGUUCUUUUGCAACUGGCCAACGAUGCUUUACCGAAGGAUAUGACCUUAGCUCUAGCGUAUCUUCUGGCCUUGCCUCAGGUUGUCGAUGCUACCAAGUGUUUUGAGAAGCUGCCUCAUUCAGCUUUAUCUCUACAAUUUGCUGGCUAUUAUUAUGCUUUGCAGAUUUAUGUCCGCAUAAGUCCAUGCUUUAAGGACAAGUGUCAUCCGUUAUACAAGGCUGAUCCCAAAGAGGUAAUUAAAAUGGUCACAAGGCAUGUGACUGAAAAUGCAGACAACAGUUGGUCAGAAGAAGUACGUACAUUAAUUCAUCAUUUUGACUACUACAAUCAAUUGUUGACUGAUUUCACACAAGCUCAAACACUUCAAGGACUUGGCAAAGGUGUGGAUGUGCAGCGAUUUGCAACAGAUAGCCAAUAUAAAAGGGAGACAAUUCUAGGCUUAGCAGAAACAUUGGAAGAAAAUGUGUAUAAGAUCUCUCUAUCAUUGGCUCAGCGUUACAAUAUCCCCCUCUGGGAACUUUACAUGACACAUUUGGAAUUCCUUUUCACAGAUAGUGGGCUUUCAACUACAGAAAUUGAAAGUCGAGUCUUGACUCUUAACCUUUUCGAUGUAUUGAAAAGCAAGCCAGAAGCAUUUCAUGAGCACAUGACAAAAUAUGUCUACCCAGCGAUUGAUGGUAUGGAUCACAUCCGAUUGCUUUAUUAUUUCACUCUACUGGAAAGCUGUGGCUGUGCUGAAUUGAUGAAACAACCCAUCAAACCAGACACUCAUAUAAAGUUGCUGAAAAAACUCAAGGUCAUUGCUCCAGACCUUAAUUAUAAGAAGCUGACAGAUGGAAACACUGAUCCUUUGGAAUCAUUGGAACCAGUUCUCACUAGCCAGAAUGUUUUAUCAAUUUCCAAACUGGCUUCCAAAAUUCCUGGGAAAGAUGCUAUAAUGCUCUCUCCAAAUCUCAUCUAUGCAACAUGGCUUUGUAAACUUUUUUGGAUUGGAGAUUUCCAGCUUAUUAAAACACCACCACAGACAGCAACCGAAUGGUUGCAUGCAUAUGAUACAUGUGCAAAAUAUUUUGACAGGCUUUCUCCUGCGAAUAUUAUUGAAUUUGUGGAUGACAUCACCUUCUCUGCUAAUGCUGUAAACAAGCUGAAUGUUGAAAUUAGGUUGGAGAUUUCUAAAAGAGCGAUGAUAGCAAUCAAACAGAUCAGUGAGAAGCGGCAGAAAAAGUCUUUGGAAGGCAACAUCCCACCUGCAUUUAAUUCCCAGGGCAGCAAUGAAGAGGCUUUGACUCAUCUACAGCAAUCGCUAGCUCAUCUAGAAACGCUCAACCACAGUUUUGUACACUCCCUGAAGGCCAGCAACCAGAGCUUAUUCCAAAAGUACUAUCAUUUGUAUGACCUUUCAAGGUCUGAGAGCAUUAAGCUGCAUGAUCUGGCAGUUACUAUGGUUCUUGAUGGACAGUCUCUUGAUAUGAUGCAGCAGUUGUUGCUGGUUGCCGUAGAAUCUCAAGGCAUAUCACCGAAAGCUGUUGUACAAGAUGCUGUGCAGAAGGUUAUAAAUUUGCUAAGCACAAGUGUUCCAUCAGAAAAGGAUCCACUUCAAGUUCUUGAAGGUAUCGUCAAAUCUGUGCACUCCAGUGUUUUAAAUGGGGACAACCUCGUAUGUUCAGAUGACCUCUUGGCAUGGCUGAGACCUUUCUGUGGCGAUGCAGAUUUGCCUGUAAAACCCCGAAUUGAUGUUUUGCAAAUUCUUGAGCAGGCAUUUCCACUUAAUGAUGAGGAUAGUAAGUUGCUUGUGCUCUUCAGAACUCAGGCUGUUCUGAAGGCAUGCUGGCCAGAUAGACAGGUUAACGUGAGUGAUAUUGAAAGUGAAGGGAAACGUUUUCAGCUCUUUAUGGAAUUGCUCGAAACCAGUAACGAAGGGACUGAAUUUCAGCAUUUGGUUUUGCUUCUUCAGGCUUGGCCACCCAUGAACAGCGAAGGCACAUUAAGUGAGAAGGAUAAUGCUUGGAUUAAGCUUGUCACUGCCAUGUUGGGAAAGUGCAAUCCUGAACACAAAAUUACCACUGGAAAUGAAAUACUUGGUAUCUGCCGGUCUCUUUACUUGACAAAGCACAAACUACCAGUUCAGUAUGUGAAACAAAUUUAUAUUCUGCUUCUGGACCAAUCCAUCCUACUGGCAGCAUUGAAACUUGGAAUAGAAACUGAUAGCCAUGAGCUGCAGACACUAGCAAUGGAACAGUUAAAAUCUGUCCCUCAGAUUGAUGCUUCCAGCUGUGAUUCCGAAUUGCUUUCACUGCUGCUAGACAAGAAAUUGGUGGUUGACUGCAUCUCUACUGUUUUCUACCCUCACCUUAUAAAACACCUUCUGGCCAAUCACAAGGAGGGACAGUGGAGUGUUGAUGAUAUCGCAGAACAGUUGAAUCAGGCAGGUUAUGCUGCAGAAGGUGGAUCUCUAAUUAUGUCCCACAGAGCUGUACAUCCAUCCUUAUGUACAUUUAGCGCUGCAUUAAAUGUUGCAAAGAGGUGGUUAUGAAAGUAUUUUGCCACCACAAAGUAUAUUUAAUUAAGUUCCUCAAAAGUGAAGUUGCAUAGGAAGGGCUCAGAUGGAUCUGUAAGUUUCAACUGGAUACUGGGUAGAAAUGGACGCAUCUGUAACUGCAGCCUGGAGAUUAUCUUCUGGCAUUUGAUCCACAAAAUCAGUGUGAUUGUCUCAGCAAUCUUUCAACUGUGCAUUUUUCUUGAAUUCAGAAUCUCAUCAAUUAAUAACAAUUAACAAGUACUUAUUAAUAUUAUCACCGGGUACAGUGCACUUUCAGGAUUGUAGAUGUGAGAUAUUAAAAUUUUCAAACAAAAUUGUUUAUUUAAAUCUGUGGGAUUAUUUCUUCUGAGAGAGGAAACAUGUAGGAAAAAUCUUGUGCAGACAAAAAAAAAAUGGAAAUAUGUGAACUGAUCUGGCGACCUGAUCUCAUUCCUUAAGAGAUACGGUCCAUAUCUAAGCAGCAAGUCUUGACUUUUCUUCAGAUUGAACACAACAUAGGAUGGCAAAUUACCCCUCAUGAACUGAACUGCAUAGUUCCUUCGUGGUGAAACCUCUUCAAGAAGCACUAAUUUGGGAAAAUUGACUUCAAAUUGUUCCUUGAAUGCAAAUUUUUGCACUUAACACUCAAUGCAGAGUUUCAAACUUCAAGUUUGUAACAAGAAUUAUAUAUAAAAAUAAAAUGCCUAUCAGUUUGUUGUAUAAUCAUUAUUUACCUCCCUAGAUGGUUUUCAGCAUCAUCCUUGGCUAUUUCAAUAAUAUGUAUUCGUCUAGCUUUUUUCUAUGAGUAUUUUCCCCAACCUAACACUGUUCUGCAUAUUAGCUCAACAGCUCAAAUUGGUCCUCUUGGUCUUAUCUGUAAAUUUGAUCAGAUUGCAUCAAGUUUCUAUAUUCAAGUUAUUUUUUGUAAAAUAAACCUGUGGUGGCCCUAGCACUAAGCCCUAGGAAGUCAACAAAAAUAAUAUUAAUAAACCCCAUUGUGACACGGCUUGUCUAAUGUUGUUACCUACUUCAUCCAUUUCCCUGUUUUGUCUGAAUUUUCAUGGCUCGUGCAGAAAACAUUGAAUACAGUAGUAGUAAAGACCAUAUGACCUGUUGAACAUGUUCUACCAUUUAAUCAGACUUAGCCUGAUACUCUAUCUCAAUAUCAUAUUUUUACUCCCCUCCUAUAGGAGAAACCUUUUUGUCCAAAAGUCUAUUUCCUUAAAUAAUUUCAGCUCCUCCACAGCCUUUUGUGUUGGAGAAUAGCACUGGUUCAUUAUCUACUAAAUAAAGAAAUUUCAGCUCUUUACAGUUGAAGGCAUCUUCCCCAGUAUCCUGAGACUGUAAGUGUAAUUAGUAGCCUUUUGUCUCACAUUAUACGAGAUUUAUAGGAAGUUAAGAGAAAUUAUGUUUUAAGUCUGUUUGGUUUGUCACUUAAGUUAAGGAUGCUGGUGAAGUCCACAGUUCUGAAUUAUUGUUGACUGACAUUAAUUAGGUUAUUAUUGUGCAGAUUAAACUAGUUCACUUCUGAAUAUUGAUUCUUUUAUUUUAUACAAAAUGAAAUCAACUGUCCAAAUAUUCUUAGUGUCUUUAAUGUCUAUAUAAGGUUGAAUACAAUCUUUUAUGACCUCCUGUGGUGUCUACUGAUUUAUCACUGCCUCAACCAAUUUUCUCCUUUCUCUCAUUAUUCGUAGAUAAACUCAGUUCAUCCCUGGGGAUUUAUUUGUUUUGAGCAUGAUUAGCAAGUCUAAGACUUUGAUCUCCUUUUUAAACAAAAUCAUUGAUUUAGUUGGGAUAUCUUUGUUUGGAAACAGAAUGUAAUGCUUGCCUUCCCCAGAGACACAGAGCAUUUAUUAUUCUGUGCCAAACAUUUUUGCUGUUUUAUUGAUUGCUCUCAUGCUGUUGUGAUAUGUCAUAUGUAGUGAAAUCAAAAGAAAGAUGCAGCCUAGGAGGACAUUGCCCAUCAUGCUUUUCCUGCUUCCUUGAACCAGACCUUGAAUUAACCCACCUCUUCCUCCUCCAUAAAAUUUACCUUUAAUUCUUUUCCCUAUUCCCCUUGGAAUGUUUUCAUUACAUCAAAUGGCAACCCUUUUGUGUAUCUACUGUUUUAUUAAGUUAAUUAUCUGUGAAAUUGAUGUAAUUUGGUUUCUUCUGUCUGGAAAUACUUACUUGUUGAUUCUGUCAUCAUCAGCACGAUCACCUUGAACAUCAUCUCUGUAUAGAGAGUUGAGGUAAGGGCUAGCAACUGAAACUUAGGUCCAGCUAAAGAGGAGUGAUUGCACAAUGGGGGUCAGGUAGGAGGGAGUGGUGGAAAUAGCCGCAGAACAGAGAUGAUAGAGGUAACAAAGGGCUGCAGAUGACUGAAUCUGAUAGGAAAGAAAGCUGUAGUAUGGUACCAAAUAAGGGAGGUGGGAUGGGUACAUGGGAAG